CAUCUGUUUAUCUAGUUAUGCAGGCGCGUGAAAAUUGGCUGCCACUACACUACCUGUGUAUAAAAACCAACGUAGUUAUUGACUCAGAAAGCGUCGUCAGAUUUAAGCGAUGAUAUUCACCUCACUUACCGCCAUGAUCAUAUCCAUCGCAGCGAUAGCUGGCGUAGCUAUUGCAUCCGACAACGUAAUAAUAACCCCAAUGGGCCUACCCUGCGACAACCCUAAUCAAACAGGGUGCUCAACGGGCAUCAAAGGUUGGAAUAACGACGACGAUUUCUUGUAUUUGUGCGGACCCAAUGGCGUAAUUGUUGACUACGAUGGAUGUUCGUGUCAAAAUUGCUGUGGGAGCCCCGGGUGUUGAGCUCGAUAUGAUAUGUACAAGACUCUGGGCGUGAAGGAGUGGUGUGAUGUAAUGGUCCAUCGAGGGCAAGCAGGAUGUUGUCGAGCUUCCGAUCACAGUAGAUGAUACUAUUCGUGUGGAAAUAUUCCAAAAAAUGAAGAACCGACUUUGCGCUUA